AUGUCUAAAGAUUCCUUUCCAUCAGUUCUCAGCAGAAUUGAUGAUAUUAUUGAAGAGUUAGUGUUAGUACAUGAAAUUGAUGACGGAAAUUACCGCAUUCUUCAAUCAAUGACAGUCCGUUUACGCGAUUCUGACAUGGAAAAUUUAAAAAGAAUACAAACAUGUUCGGAUUUGAAAAAAGCUGUUACUCAAGUAAUGGCUUACUCAACUGUUUCAGACCAAAUAUUAUGCAAUUUCCAAAAUCUAAACAAAAAAUUCGAAAAACAACUUAAAAACGUAUAUAGUGACUUUAGAAAUCCAGAAACUUUCAAAGAACCUGCACUCGAAAUGACAAUAAACGCUCUCAUUGCAUUAGAAGUACAAGGAUUUGGCCAAGAUGUUCGAAAAACUCUAGAUCUUACAAAAAUACGUCUUCUACAAUAUAAGCUGAUCACUUUGUGUGAUGAACUUCAUAAGAAAGCAUUUUCUAUUGCAACAUACACAAAUAAUCUAUCAGAUGAACCAGAUUAUUCUCAGAAAAAAUUUGAUGCCAUUUCUGCAGAGCUAAUUAAAUACAAAGAAGAAGUUCGUAGAUUACAGGACGAAAACAAACUACUCCACGAGCAAUUAGCUGACCAGAAGAGCCGCAAUGAUAUUUUAUCUCGAACUUUGAACCAAGUUCAAGAAGAAAAGCUUAAUUUAGAAAAGAAAUAUGGUACAGAAAGAACAGAAUACAACAUAAGAAUACAACAGCUCCUUAAAGUCGCUUCCAGCUCAGCAGAUCAAGAUAAUGAAAUUGCUCUUCUCAGAGAACAAGUAAGAACAUUAGAAACAAUCAUAGACAAUAAGAAAGUUUAA